AUGGGCAUCUCCAUUGCUAAGCACAGGCUCGAGAUGCUUAAGCUAGCCAAAAGGGGUAAGACAAAGUCGUCGUCGCGCCCCGUCUCUUUGCUUCUCGUCGCUGUCACCAAGACCAAGAAUUGCAUCGCGAGGUACUUCCGGUCGUUCAUCAAUCAUGACGCUUCGCCCAUCGUCGUCGUCCCGAGGUCGUCCUUCUUCGAUGGAGGAGGGCCGAAGAGUGAUAUGUUGAAGAGGAACAAGAGGAUGUCGCGUAUCAAGCAAGGGAGGGUGACGCUUUAUAUGGCACCACAAGCCAUGGCCUAUAAGGAGAGUAAGGACAGAAAAGAGGACAGCUACCGAGGGAGCAGCGGAGAGGAGACCAGGUGGGAGUCCAUGUUUCAGGACCUGAAACCUACUUAA